AUGGGUUUCACACUUGUCCAUAGUCAUGACGAACCCCUUAGCUCACAACACCCCCCACAUGUUGGUCUCGUCGCUCAUAGCACUGAGCCUGAGCCUGAGCGUGACCCUCUCGAGCUCCCUACGUUCAAUUCUAAAAGUCUCACACAACCCACAUCUAAUGUCCUCUAUCUACCUCCGCUGCUUUCUUCUCUACCUCACGAGCUCGGGGUACUACCUGUUACAUUACUAGAACAGCAGCCGAUGCUCUCCGAGACCCAUCUACCCGAUAUAGACCCCGUAUCGCUGUCGUUACACAAAGCUUUGCACCAUUUCCAUCCUGCGACACCACAUUACGCUGAAGUACCAUAUGAGGAAGCGUUCAAUUGGCCCGAGCUGGAACUUCCUGAAGAUGAGGAGCGUGAAUGGUAUUGUGUUGCCUUUCGCAGCAAGCGAAUGCCCGGGAGCGACAGCGGACCCCUCUAUGAUGCCGACAAGUUAGCUCACGAAGAGGCUGUGCUUAACGGUGGUCUCAUCAUGUAUUGGUAUGGGGUGCCAAAUCCACAUACGGGCAUGAACCUCGCAACGUGCAUCUGGCAGUCCCGGAAACAUGCGGUGGCUGCUUGCUCACACCCGCACCACAUCCGUGCGAUGAUGCUCGCAGCGAAGUCAUACGAAAUAUAUACUCUCGAGCGACAUAUCCUUCGAAAGUCGCGGGGAGAACGUGGGGUGACCAUCGAACCUUUUGACGGUGCUGAAGUUGUUUCAUAA